ACGGUCAUUGCUAGUGGACAGACCAAUAUUUAAAGAACAUGAAACUAAUUUCCAAAUUACUUUUAAUUUUCGUUCUUUCGGUUUCGUUUGAUUUUAGUUACGGACAACAGGAACAAGGAAAUAGAAUUUUUGUGAAUAUCGGUAAAUUUGAUAGUGAUACGGGGAGAGAUGAAAUUUUAUGCGUUGCAACCAUUUUCACAUCACGACUUGCUUUGACAACAGCAACUUGCUUAAACGUUGAUCCUUCGAUACCUUUGUAUAUAACGUUCACGUGGAGUAAUGGAGUAUUUCCAGUGUUUAAUAGACAACGGUUUGAAGAAAUUUUUAUUCAUCCAAAUUUUAAUAUUACUGGAAAUAAUGAGAAUAACAUUGCAAUGAUCCGGAGUAACUUUGGAGAGAUUUACUUUGGAUUAGAUCAGAGCUUGGAUCAGAGAGUUCCAGGAGAACCGAGAGUUCCAGGAGCACUUGCAACAAAUUCAUCUUGCGUCAUACGAAUGACUCCUUUGAUUGAUUUUGAGCCUGUUAGAAUGUACGCACCACAAUAUUGUAACCACACCAGCAUUGCUAAUGCUCAUUGUUCAAUGUCAUCGUGCUUUAGACCAUGCGCUGCUGAACAUGCGUCUCCAGUAGUUUGCUCCCAAGGCGGACCAUUUAUGAGUAUCGUUCAUGGAAUCCUAAUAAGCCCCAGAGAUUGUGAACCUAACUAUACUGACAACAGGCAGUUUUAUCUUUCUCUCAGUGACUAUGCUGAUUGGAUAAACGAAACAAUUUCAUUGCACUCAAGUUCCAGGAAAAAAGUUGAAUCACUUCUCCUUAUCUUAUCAUUAAUAUUUGUCACGUUUCCAGUCAAAAAUUUAUUUAAACCUCAUGACUAACGCUGAUGUAAAUAAAACAUGAAUAAAGGAUCAACAGUUGGAAUUU